AUGAGGAUUUCAGUGAUUCUGGAGGCGCUCGUGAUCUUGGCUGUCGUAGCUUUCGCCUCAUCCAGAGUGAUAAAGAAGUGAAAAAAUUCGAGUGAAGAUGGAGAAACUCCAGUACCAGUCAACAUUGACGAUGUCCAUCCCAUCAAUCGUUACUGCACUUGCAACGCAGACGAGUGCAAUUGUUGUCGCGAAUUCAAACUCCCGCUCGUGUCCAUUCGCGGUCCCGGAUGCGCCACUGUGCGAUACCUGGAGAAGAACAAGCUCACCGUGGCGAUCAAGUACGGCGACAUCACGCUGACUCAGCGCACGAUCUCUGGCAGAAAGGCGACACCAAUCUGCAUGCCACUGCCUGGCGGCUACUCACGCUUCUGCGGACGCGUGUACGGAAUCACGAGGCAGAAGGAGGACUUUAAGGCAUGCCUGGGACUGGAAUUGCGCGCUCAAGAUGAAGUAGAAGCCGCUCUGAGAGUGUCCUGCUUCAAUUUUGGCCCUAAAGGCUUGUCACUGAGCAAUGCUGAACCACUUCCGCCACCCGCUGAGGCGGAAGCUGAAGAUGAUGAUGACGAUGACGAUAUCCUGGGUGGACUGAUUGGUGGGGAUGACGAUGACACUGGAGGCGGAUUUGAUGAUGACGAUGAAGAGGGAACAGAUGACGAUGACGACGAUGAUGAUGAUGAUGAUUAUGAGGACGAUGAUACACCGGAGGCGAGCAGCGAUGACACGGAUUACUCGGGAUUCAGUUUACUGGGCGGGGAUCUUCUGGAUGGACUUUUUGGCGCUGAAACCGGAACGAGGAAGAAGAAGCCUUCUCCUGCCGAUUCUGUCGAUGCGAAUCGCAAGAAACUGAACGCUGUGGAGUCCCAGCCGACCAAGAAAGCCACCACAGCGGCUCCUGUGGCGACCGAGAAGGUGGAGAAGACGAAGAAGCAGCCCAACCGGAAAGUGGUAAUUCUCAAUUCACCAGGAAUUCUCAGUUCGGCUCAAAUCACUCAAAAUGAGAUCGACACCUCGUCAAAUGGUCAGGCGCCAGUGGAGACGUCAACGAAGAAGAACAAGAAGCCGCAGGAAUCCUCGCUGCUGGACGUCGUUGGCGCCAUAGUUGGUGGCGAUGAUGACGAUGACACGGCUGAGGAAAUUGACGAUACGGAUGAAGACAAGGAAGACGAGCCGGAGGAGAAUGAGGAGGAUUACGAGACGGAGGCAGAGGCUGACGAGGAUGAGGAGUCGGAGGAAACUGAGCAAGAGGAGGACGAGGAGGAAGAAGAGGAGGAGAAUGAUAAGAAGAAAGCCACAACAGCCAAAGCCAUUCCCAGCAAAAAGCCCGCCAACAAGAAGAAGAACAGCUUCGGUCUGGGACUCUUGGGACUUGCGAGAUAUUUCAAGCUGAUCUAG